AUCACGUAGAGCAUUCUUGAUUAUUCAUCGAUAACCUAAUCCUUAGUGCAAUAGCAAUCCGAUUCUUUUUUGUUUUUGUUAGCAGUAUUCCUAUUUCCCAACAAAGUAGAAGAUUAUACUAUAUAUAGAUAGGCGCAGAGGCAAUGUUUCCAGUACCUUCAAUCUUCUUCUGAGAUUUUACAAAUUGCGAGAGGAUAACAAUGCAUUCAGAUUGGGCAGGACUACAAAAGGACUUGUUGGGCUUAGUUCUAACAGGAAUAGUAUCAUCGGCAGAUUAUCUGCGAUUCAGCGUUGUUUGCAAGUCAUGGUUUUGUGUGGCAAAGGAUAAUCAGAGGCAACUCAUGUCAAGAUAUCAGCAACCUCCGAUGCUCCUGAUUUCUAGUGCAGAUGAAGAAAAUUCAUCGAAAUUAUACAAUAUCAUGAAGGAUAAGGUUCUCGACAUGCAACUAAGGGUGCCUAACCGACGAUUUUGUGGCUCUUCAAAAGGAUGGUUGAUAUUCGUGGAUGAAAAGUUUGCAAUAACCCUACUGAAUCCAUUCUCCGUGAAGGGUAGAGAGAAGAAAAAGAAGACAAAUGCAACCAUCAUUCGUCUUCCUCCACUGCUCGGUAAAAAGGUUUGGAUUAAAAAAUGCGAUUAUUAUGUCUUCAAGGCUUCAUUGUCAGCAGACCCAAUAUUAGAUCCAAAAGAUUGCGUUCUUACGGUAGUAUAUGGUGAAUAUGAUCGAUUGGCUUUUAUCAGACCCAGUUGUAAAGACAAGCGUUGGACAUAUGUUGAUAAGAGGUGGGGAUUAAUUGAAGAAGUGGUUUAUUCUCGAGGUCUGAUUUAUGCGGUGGAUAAUGACAGCCAACUUUUUUCUUUCAAUAUCAGUAGCUUGUCCAAGUUGAAGCUUGCGCAAGGUCUUCCUUCAGAUGGUUUUAGCAAGAGAUAUCUUGUAUUGGAUUCAAAUGAGAAAGAGUUCUGGAUGGUUAAGAGGUACAUUGACUACCAAAACGACAAACGUGAGACCACAGAAUUCAAAGUUUUCAAGAUUAAUAUUGAUGAGCAUAAGUGGACUGAAAAAGAAACCCUAGGUGAUGUUGCUCUCUUUAUUGGUGAUAACUCCUCGGUGUCUGUGAUGGCUUCAGUAUGAUGCUAUAACAAACAGUCUUGAACCAUAUGGACCAAAUGAUUGCGGAGUAUAUGACAUAACCAAUCGUCGUUUCUUAAAGCCUUAUGCAGAUGAUGCUGAAAAGUUGUUGAAGCUGACAAGGCGACCUCCAAUCUGGUUUGUGCCACACUUUCAACUGUAACAGUUUGUUCCAGUCAUACAGUGGCCGGGGGAAUUUGUUUUUUGACAUUUUUUGUUUAUACAAGAUUGUAUUGGACUUCCAAAAUUUGAAGUUUGAACUUGGUGUUUGUUAUUUCUUGGUCUUGAAUAGAAGUUAAAUAUAU